ACAACCUUUACGUAACUUCCUGUUUCUUCAGUCCGUGGCGGGAGUUUCCAGCAUGGCGGUGCAACCAAAGCAGAGAUUGUCCAUGGAUGCUGCAGCCGAACAUGGCUUCCUCAAUUACUACUUCUCCAUGCCGGAGAAACCAGACACCACUUUCAGGAUCUUUGACCGGGGAGAGUACUACACGGUACACGGGACUGAUGCGUUAUUCGUCGCAAAGGAGGUUUUUAAGACCAACGGAGUCAUCAAGACCCUGGGCUCAGGAAGCCGUAAGCUGGAAAGUGUGGUUCUCAGCAAGGCCAACUUUGAAGCCCUGGUCAGAGACCUGCUGCUAGUGAAACAGUACAGAGUGGAAGUCUAUAGGAACCACAGCAAGACAAAAGAUCACAGCUGGCAACUGGAGUACAAGGCAUCUCCAGGUAAUCUGACCCAGUUUGAGGAGGUUCUUUUUGGUGGGGCAGAGGGAAAAUUGGCUCAAUCGGCAGGAGUUGUGGCUGUACGAUUGGCUGUUGGGUCUGACGGACAUCGUGUGCUGGGUGUGGGCUACGUGGAUGCUUCGCUGAGGAAAAUGGGAGUGUGUGAGUUUCCUGACGGAGAGACUUUCUGUAACCUGGAGGCUCUGCUGGUACAGCUGGGCCCUAAAGAAUGUCUGCUACCACAGGGAGACAACACUGAUAACAUACGACAGGUGGUACAGCGUGGAGGUGUGUUGCUGUCGGACAGGAAGAGGUCAGAGUUCAAUAGUAAAGAUGUGACCCAGGACCUCAACCGACUGCUCCGAACCAGGAGAGGAGAGGCCAAUGCCUGCAACCUUCUGCCCGAACUAGACAAACAGGUAGCCAUGUCGUGUCUGGCAGCUGUGGUUCGUUAUUUGGAUUUGCUGUCUGACGAAUCAAACUUCAGCUCUUUCAGCCUGACGACACUGGACCUCAGUCAGUAUAUGAGGCUGGACAACGCAGCUGUACAGGCCCUCAACCUCUUCCAGGGUACCCUUAAUGACACCAGCGGAGCACACUCAUUGGCUGGGCUGCUGAAUAAGUGCCGUACCCCUCAGGGCCAUCGAUUGGUUAACCAGUGGCUCAAACAGCCACUCAUGGACAAGAACAGGAUUGAGGAGAGGCUGAACCUAGUGGAGUGUCUGGUGAAUGACAGUGAGGUCCGACAGACCCUUCAGGACGAUCUGUUGCGGCGGUUCCCAGAUCUCCAACGUUUGUCCAAGAAGUUCCACCGGCGCUCUGCAACGCUGCAGGACUGUUACCGUGGUUACCAGGCCGUGGGCCAGAUCCCUGCACUUUUAUUUGCUCUGGAAAAACAUCAAGGAAGCCACCAGAUGCUCCUGGAGGCUGUGUUCAUCUCCCCUCUCAGAGACCUGCAGACUGACUUUAUCAAGUACCAGGAAAUGAUUGAAACUACGCUCGAUAUGAACCAGGUGGAGCACCAUGAGUUCCUGGUGAAGGCGUCGUUUGAUCCAGUGCUCUCUGAGCUGAGGGAGAAGAUGGACUCAAUGGAGAGCAGCAUGGACAGUGUACUGAAUAGUGCAGCACGAGAACUGGGUCUGGAUGCUGGUAAGACGGUGAAGUUAGAGUGUAACAAUGUGCUGGGUUAUUACCUGAGGGUGACCUGUAAAGAGGAGAAGAGUCUGAGGAACAACAAGAAGUUCACAACACUGGAUGUACAGAAGAAUGGAGUGCGCUUCACCAACAGUAAGCUGAGCUCUCUGAAUGAGGACUACACCAGGAGCAGAGGGGAGUAUGAGGAGGCACAAAACGCCAUAGUGAAGGAGAUCAUCAGCAUCGCCUCCGGCUAUGUGGACCCCCUGCAGUCGCUGAGUGACAUAAUUGCCCAGCUGGAUGCCGUGGUCAGCUUCUCUGUGGCCUCGGUCUCUGCCCCCAUCCCCUAUGUCAGGCCACAGCUUCUGGAUACGGACUGCAGACGCCUGGAGCUCCAACAGGCCCGGCACCCCUGCCUUGAGUCAGAUGCAGACACAGCCUUUAUACCUAAUGACAUAUCCCUCAUACAGGGGGAGCGGAGCUUCUACAUCAUUACAGGUCCUAAUAUGGGUGGAAAGUCAACCUUUAUCCGGCAAGUGGGCGUUAUCUCUCUGAUGGCUCAGAUUGGCUGCUUUGUGCCCUGUGAGAAGGCUGAGCUCAGCAUGAUUGACAGCGUUCAGUGCCGUGUGGGGGCAGGGGAUAGCCAGAUCAAGGGCGUGUCCACAUUCAUGUCUGAGAUGCUGGAGACGGCAGCUAUUCUCCGUUCUGCCACAAAGAACUCUCUGAUAAUAAUAGAUGAGUUGGGUCGAGGAACGUCUACGUACGAUGGAUUUGGUCUGGCCUGGGCUAUCAGUGAACACAUCGCCACCAAGAUCGGCUGCUUCUGUCUGUUUGCCACUCACUUCCACGAGCUUACCGUGUUGGCCACCGAGCACCCCACUGUCCAUAACCUGCAUGUCACCGCUCUGACUACUCAACACACACUCACCAUGCUCUACCGGGUCAAACCAGGUGUGUGUGACCAGAGUUUUGGGAUCCAUGUGGCGGAGUUGGCUUGUUUUCCACCUGCUGUGGUUGCCAUGGCGAAGCAGAAGGCGGCAGAACUGGAGGAGUUUCAGGAGGAGGAGCCUAGCGAGGAGGAGGGGCCAGAGGCCAAGAAGAGACGUAGCGACAGACAGGAGGGAGAGGCAUUGAUCCAGUCAUUUCUAGAGAAGGUCAAAUCUCUGCCAGCUGCCACAAUGACCGACCAGGAGGUGAAGGAGAAGCUUAAAGCCAUGAAGGAGGAACUUCUUGCCCAUAACAACGCUUACAUCACAGAUCUCCUGGCAAGCUCCACCCCGAUCCCCUCAACCUAACACCUGCCUUGUGGUUGGCACACAUCUUAGCACGACAUCCCCAAUGGCAGUUGUAGUAAUCAGCGCUUGGUCGAUUCAUUUCAGUGUUCCUCCACAUCUUUCUAGUUUUAUAGAAUGUUUAACCUGGUUUCAACUUAAACUGUUCACAAUUCUUUGUUUGGUUUUGUAUAUUAUUGACUGUAAUAAUUUUUGUUCAUAAACCCCCACCCCUCUUAGCAAAGAUGGCAGAUAUGUAGAGUAAUCAACAUUUUAUAAUGACCCAUCUGAUUUCAUGAAAUAUCUACUAUACGAGUAUAAGCCUAUAAAGUAGUCAUGUGCUGUUUUGUGUAGUAAAAGGUAAAACGUCAUACUUUAACAAAAAUUCACCGCUAGCAUAUUUGUUAUGCAUAAUUAAGUUACUUCUUGACAGUAGGGCAUAGCUACAUGGGCCCUGGAAAUCUCAUUCACCAAUUCAAUUCAUUUGAUUAUUAAAAAAUUAUCAAACUUCAGUUAGACACACACCACUGAUCUAAUAAAGUUUUAUUUUCUUACAAAUGA